GGGCAAGUGACUCGUCCUAAAGCGAUCCGGGACGGUAAAGUAAAAAGCCUAAAACGCGUCGGUGGGUUAUCUUUGCAGACCAUCUCUCGCUCGCUUUUGCCCUCUAUUUUUUUUCAAUUCCUUUUCAAGCAAAGGCGCCCCAUUUGAUGUCCCUACCCCCCAGCCCCAGCUAACGCUCCCAGUUUCUGCACUCUCACUCUCUCUCCACGCUCAUCAUCAAUCUCUUCUUUCGCCAAUUUCCCCUUCCUUUCUCUUAGAUUCCCACAAGUUUUCUUGCCCUCGAAUGAAUUUUUCUCGAGCAAUGGAAACAACCCACAAAGGAGAAAUCUGCAUCUUCUUCGCCCUUGUUGUGAUCUUAGCAUCAGCCCAAGUGACUGCAAAUUCCUGGGUUGGCUCAAAGUACCAGAUCGAAUGCACAAUGUGCUCUGCCUGCGACAAUCCGUGCAACACACAGUCGCCGCCACCGCCGUGUCCGUCGCCGCCUCCCCCAUCCCAUUCUCCUCCGCCGCCUUCCCCGCCCAGCUCCGGCAGCUACUACUACUCCUCCCCGCCGCCGCCCCCCCAGCCCUCCUACUCCUACCCGCCCCCCCAGCCCUCUUACUCCUACCCGCCCCCCCAGCCCUCCUAUUCCUACCCGCCCCCCACCGGCGUCAUCGGCGGAUUGUACCCUCCUCCGCCUUUCCGGAACUUCCCGGCGCCUCCGCCGCCGAACCCAAUUGUUCCGUACUUCCCAUUCUACUACCACAGCCCUCCGCCACCUUCAGGCUCCGCUCAAUUAACGGCUUGCGCUGUAGUUUACGCCAUCGCUCUGAUGCUUUCAAGCUUGUUCCUUUUUUGAGGUACUAAAUUAAAACUUGAAGAAUGGGAAAUUAGUGGAGAAUAACGUGGCAGAUUUGCAGAUCUACAAGGGGAAGAAGGUGGAGAUGGUGGUGGGAACUCUCUUGAAUUUCCGGAAAUACCCUUCCUGCAUAGAGCUAAGAAAGGAGCUGAAUCCAGAAAGCUCUGACAGAAUGUAAUCACCCUCUCUCUCUCUCUUUCUCUCUCUCUCAAACUCUGCAGCAAUUUCUGUACUUCAGUGACAAUUUAUGCCUUUUUUUUUUUGUCUAGUAACUUGAAUUUGUUGUAUAAAAGAGCAAUUAAAUUCGUAAUUUUUGCUGAAUUAUAAUGCCUUAAUGUCCUUUCUGAUUACACCUCCGAAAAGAUUAAUCCAC